AUGGCUGACCCACGGUCGACUCGCAUCGAAGGCACCUUGACCUCGUUGUUUGAAAGCCUCGUCCCUCCCCCGAAUAUCGACCAGGAUGACACCGAGACUGAGUAUCGCAUCGAUCGUGCGAUCCAGAAUGCAAAGGAUAUCGUCCUGAAUGCCGACAGCAGAUUGCCCUCGGACACCAACCAGGCGCAGGACUUGAUCAAGAGAAAGUUGUUAAGAGAAAAUGCGUCGCCAGAGAAGGCUGCACGGUUCAGCAAUUUAUACUCCAGGUUAUUAGCCAUACCUGUCUUAAAUCAAAAGUGGGCUAUUCUUUAUCUUCUCUACAAGUUGUCUGACGCUUCGGUGCUCGAUGUACACCCUCGAGAUCCUCUCGCAGACUCGGCUCACUUUGCCAACAUUCCCCGACGGCACACGUUAUCUUCUGCAAAGCCAUAUCAGGUCGACGAACAGGCGUAUGAUGAUGGUGGUGGUGAUGAUGAUGACGACGACGUGGCUUCAGCAGAGGUCCCCUUCCCAAGAGGUCGAACGAUACCACCCAAGGCAAAGGCCGACGUCAAAGUCGAGAAGGAAUUGCCAGCCCAAGAGGCGCAAUCAACAGAAGAGGAACAGGAAGCAGAUCCUGUGCAGCCAAUGAAGGAACGCCUUGUUUCACCGUCAGAGCCGGAAUUAUUACGAGACUUACCAUUCAACCUUCAAGGAGUGUCGUCGACACAUGUUGAGUUUACAGGGGUAACUUCGUUGAAACUGCCUACAACACUUCCGGUUCCGAUAAUAUCUCUGCUUCAUGCUCUCGCGGAACCGUGUUUGCUCUAUCGAGGCUUGGCAGAAUAUACCAACGGUCAAGAAGGGGGUCUCAUCGACCAGAGCCUUCGGUCUGCCAUUAACAAUGAAUUGCGCUCAUAUUUGAGCUUGGUCGCGUCGCUUGAGUCCGAGAUCAGACAGGCCCUUGCCGCUCUCAGUCAAUCUGAAGAUCCGCAGUCACUCAGAGUCACCAGCGUAACGCUCAAACGAUGCAUGAUCUGGACCAGAGAUGCCACUAUGGGCUUGCGGCUGAUGAAGCUCAUAGUCGAAGAGUCUCAACAGAAACGAGGGGGGCAACUACUGUCUCUCAUCCACAGUCUGUCUUCUUCACAUGGUGAUCCUUUUGUGGCAUCCUUCGCCGAGAAGCUCUUGGCCCAUGUUGCCCGGCCUUUCUACGAAAUGCUGAGGCACUGGAUUUAUGACGGAGAACUUGUUGACCCCUUCCAUGAAUUCUUCAUCACAGAGCCCGACCCAAAUGUCUCCCAGGCGGUAGACCACCGACAUGUGGCGACAUCUGUCUGGGAAGAAAAAUACAAGCUUGACACGGCAAUGGUACCAUCAAUAAUAUCCUCUGAAUUCUCGAAAAAGGUAUUCCUGAUUGGAAAGUCUCUCAACUUCAUUCGCCAUAAUUGCGGCGACUCCGACUGGGUUAUUCAGUACUCAAAAUCAAACUCCAAGUCUCUGGACUUCGCCAAUACGGCCAACCUUCCAAUGUCCAUCGAUGUAGCGUACAAGACAACCAUGUCUCGCUUGACACACCUCAUGUCCACAAAGUUUGGCCUUUUCACCCAUCUAAAUGCGAUCAAGAAAUACAUGUUGUUAGCUCAGGGCGACUUCAUUGACUUGCUCAUUGAAUCGCUUGCACAACAUCUUGAUCGUCCGGUGAAUUCCAUGUAUCGGCACAAUCUCACCUCCCAGCUCGAACACGCAAUUCGGCAUUCGAAUGCUCAGUACGAUGACCCUGAAGUCCUACGAAGGCUGGAUGCUCGUAUGCUGGAGUUGUCUAGCGGCGAGAUCGGCUGGGAUUGCUUCACCCUGGAAUACAAAAUCAGCGCUCCAUGCGACGUCGUCAUCACGCAGUGGGCGAACACACAAUACCUGAAGAUUUUCAAUCUCCUGUGGAGAAUAAAGAGAGUCGAGUUCUCUCUGAAUACUACGUGCAAACGCUGCAUGACUGGAGGUCGAGGUGUUCUUGCCGGCGUCAAUGACAAGCUGGGUCGUGAUUGGAAACGAUCCAUGUGUGUGGUGGCAGAGAUGGUGCACUUUAUCAACCAGUUACUGUACUAUCUCCUGUUUGAGGUCAUCGAGGCUAGCUGGAAACAACUCGAGGAAGCAGUUCACAAGCCAGAUGCCACUCUUGACGACCUCAUUGAAGCCCAUACCAACUACCUCAACAACAUCACCAAAAAAGGGCUUAUCGGCCAACAAAGACAUCCAAUCACUGGUCAACAAGAAGACAGCCUGGUUGCGCAGGUGCAUCAUAUAUUGAAAUGCAUGCUGAGCUACCGCGAAGUGAUUGACUCGUUGUACAAGUAUAGUGUUGCAGAGUACACUAGGCGACAACAAUUUAACGCAAAGGUUGAGCAGCGAACGGCACAAGGUCGAUGGGGAAUAACCGAGAAGGACCUCAAUGGUGACACACGCGCGAGUACCCCUGCGUCUUUAGCACCCUCGAAAACAGGUAGGAGAGUGCAGCUACUCCCAGAGGAAGGCGACUCUCCGCUUGUUGGACCUGUCGGCAGCCUGGCUCCAGGUGAUGACGAAACGCAGCUGAAUUCUUUACGAGCAAGGCAAUUGCACCUUUCGGCCGAGUUCAGAUCACGAUUAAGCAUGCUGCUGUAUGACCUGGCGCACCAACCCGACGUGGAUCUACGAUUCCUGGGAGUCGUAAUGAACUUCAACGAAGUAUAUCAGCCGGUGAAUGUGCGGAGACAACAAGCCCGGCGUGCUCGGGAGAAGCGUGAGCUUGAGAGGAAGGCUCGCGAGGCCGCCGUGUCUUCUGAGGCAAAUACCUCGAUGGAGAAGGAUAUGAAUAGCUCUACUAGAACUUGA